AUGGCUCCUUUACAUCACGCGAGAAGUUAUGUCAAGACACCGGCUGGCAUUUUACACAUUUUAUGCAUUUUGACUAAUUUGGGCACAUUAUUGGCUUGUGGCUUGAGAUGGACAGAAGAAGGAGAUGUCUAUAUUCAGAUUAUAUUUGCUGAAUAUGCAUGGCAAACAUUUGUCAUGGGUUGUCUUUUCAUUUCUUUUAUGAUAAUUAUGGUGCUUUUCAUGUCAAAAAUUGCGAAUCCUUCAUCAAUGUUUGCGAGGAUCACAAAUAAAAUGGCAAUAGCUUUAAUCGGUUUUUGUAUCGUGAUUGCAGCUGGUGUAUUUAUCAUUGAACUUUGGUACAUCACUUCGGGCAGAAAUUCCUAUACGAAAAUGUACAAGAGGAUAGUGGUUGUUAUGAUCUUCGCCCUAAUCUUAUUGGUUCUUCUCGGUGUGUUGGGUUGUUUCUUGGCGCUUGGCGUGCAAUCGACUGUUUCACCGAGACCUCGAACACCGAUUCAAUCACAGCCACCACAACCGCCUGCUUACAAAACUACAAAUCCAUUUGAUGAAGAAGUUCGAUCGCCAAGAACUGAU